AUGUAUACUAAUGUUCAGCCACAAAAUGUUUAUUAUAUACCACCGGGACAAUUUGAACAAUUACAGGGACAAGUUUAUGAUGUUACACAAAUAAUGAGAAAUAAUAUACAAUUAGGAAUACAACGUGGUGAAAACCUUGAUGAUCUUCAAAUUAAAGCAGAGGAUCUGAAUAACUACUCUCAACAAUUUGCUCAUACUGCACAAGAAGUUCACAAAAAAUAUUGGUGGCAAAAUGUUUAUAUGUGGAUUCUUUUAAUUUUUGUUAUCAUUGUAAUCAUUGUUCUCGUCAUUGUCCUUCCUAUUCUUGCGUCACAGCAUAAAAUUUAA